GUUGUCAGUGGGAGGGGUUUUGUGUUCAAGUCAGAGAAGGUAUUAUCGUGAAUCCUGUCAACAAACUCAGAGAGUGUGAAUCUUUACGUCUAUUAAAUGGACAUUUCCUGACAGAGGCGCUUUUAGUCCGAGGAGUGCGCUGUUUGUGGACAAAUACAGAGUAAAUGUCAUCCGAGCUCUGACCCCUGGAACCACCAGCCCAGACCCUGUUUUUAUGUUCUGUGGUGAGGCCAUGACUUCUGUCAACAUCACUAGAGAUCUUCUGCACAGGCAGAUCAGAGAUAAAAGAGCGCCAGCCUUUCAAAGGUUCUAUCAUGUGACGGACCCCUUCAUCAAAAGACUUGGACUGGAGGCUGAGCUUCAGGGUCAUACAGGCUGUGUGAACUGUUUGGAGUGGAAUGAACGAGGAGAUCUACUUGCCUCAGGCUCAGAUGAUCAGCAUGCCGUCAUCUGGGAUCCAUUCAGGCACAAGAAGCUUACAACUAUGCACACGGGUCAUGCAGCAAAUAUAUUCUCUGUAAAGUUCCUUCCUCACUCCGGGGACAGAAUCUUGGUCACGGGUGCAGCUGACACAAAGGUCCAUGUGCAUGAUUUGACGGUGAAGGAAACCAUUCACAUGUUUUCUGAUCACACCAACAGAGUUAAACGCAUCGCCACUGCUCCAAUGUGGCCUAAUACCUUCUGGAGUGCUGCUGAAGAUGGAAUAAUCAGACAGUAUGACCUGAGGGAGAGCAGUAAACGCUCUGAAGUGCUGAUUGACCUGACAGAGUUCUGUGGUCAGCUGGUCGAGGCGAAGUGUUUAGCUGUCAACCCGAGGGACAACAACUACCUGGCUGUGGGUGCCAAUGGGCCUUUUGUCCGACUUUAUGACAUUAGAAUGAUUCACAAUUACAGGAAAUCAAUGAGUCAGAGCACGUCAGCAGCUGUGCACACAUUCUGUGAAAGGCAGAAGCCCAUCCCAGAUGGCGCGGGGCAGUAUUAUGUUGCAGGGCACCUACCAGUGAAACUCCCAGACUACAAUAACCGCCUGAGGGUCCUGGUGGCCACCUAUGUCACCUUCAGUCCAGAUGGAACAGAGCUUCUGGUUAACAUGGGUGGAGAACAGGUGUAUCUGUUUGACUUGACAUUUAAACAGAGGCCGUAUACCUUCUUGCUCCCAAAAAAGUGCCAAUCAUCUACAGGAGACGUCCAGAAUGGAAAGACAACCAAUGGCGUCUCCAAUGGAAUCCACUUACCAACCAGCCAUAUUCAAUUUGCUAAAGGAAGAAUGCACCUAAGCUCUACCGAGCUCCCUGCUCACUUAGAAAAGAUAAAACAACAAGCUAAUGAUGCCUUUGCACGGCAGCAGUGGACGCAGGCCAUCCAGCUGUAUAGUUUAGGUAUUCAUCAUGCCAGCAGUAACGCCAUGCUGUAUGGGAACAGAGCUGCUGCUUACAUGAAACGCAAGUGGGAUGGAGAUCAUUAUGAUGCCCUCAGGGACUGUCUGAAGGCUCUUACUCUAAACCCCGGCCAUCUGAAGGCUCAUUUCAGACUGGCACGUUGUCUGUUUGAGCUGAAGUAUGUGGCUGAAGCUCUGGAGUGUCUGGAUGAUUUCAAAGGAAAGUUUCCUGAGCAGGCGCACAGUAGUGCCUGUGACGCCUUAGACAAAGACAUCAAGGCCGCUCUCUUCACCAAGACAGAAUCAGAUGAUAAAAAGGCAAACAGCUCCAUUAGAUUCCACUCUUUCAGUCGGAAGGAGUCUAUCCCUGAAGAUGAGCUGGUGUUGAGAGAGCGCAGCUUUGACUACAAGCACAGAUACUGCGGACACUGCAACACCACCACAGAUAUCAAAGAGGCCAACUUCUUUGGAAGCAAAGGCCAGUACAUCGUCAGUGGCUCAGACGAUGGCUCCUUUUUUAUCUGGGAGAAGGAAACGACUAAUCUUGUGAGAAUCCUGCAGGGGGACGAGUCCAUAGUCAACUGCCUGCAGCCCCACCCCAGCUACUGCUUCCUGGCUACUAGUGGUAUCGACCCUGUCGUGAGGUUAUGGAACCCUAGACCAGAGACGGAGUGUGAAAAUGUGCGGGUGGUAGAGGACAUGGAGGGUGCUGCUCAGGCGAACCAGCGGCGCAUGAAUGCUGACCCGCUAGAGGUAAUGCUGCUCAACAUGGGCUAUCGCAUCACAGGCCUGCGUGGCGUUGGCCCAGAAGGCUCGGAUGACGAGGACAGCUCAGAGGGACAGGUGCAGUGUCGGCCAAGCUAAACAAAGUGUCAUCCAUUCGAUCGAAUGGACCAAGGAAGCAAAAAGCACUCGCCCUGCCCAACUCCUGUUUGAAUCUUAAUCCCCCACCCCCAUCCCUGGUCUGACAGAAACAUUGAGUGAAUGUCAUGUCACAUUUCUGCACUAUGCAUCGCCUUCCCCUGUCCAAAGAGAGGACUGGCAGAGACCACUUUUGGGGAGAGGAAUUUUGGAGGGUGGAGAAGAUACGCAUCUCACCCCUUCAGAGCACCAACAACACCUCAGUAUCACCCUUCACGUCCCACAGUGGCAGAGGGGACACCUUUGAGGAGAGCACCUUCCACGUCACUCCCCCCAUUUUUUACUAAGAUGGAGGAGUUCAGCACUUAUUCCUCUUCAGGAUUAUGUUGGAGAGACACACAGCGUGUCGAAGGCGAAGCUGUUGGUCAGGUGACCUAUUUUCAGGUCAGGGUGGCCAGACAACCACAGCGUCCUCUGUGAGAGGAUCAGCUCACAAGACAGAAGACAGUGCUUGGUUGCAUCUCCUGUCUGCUAUAGCUGAAGCUCAGAGUUUUAGUGUUUGCUCAUCGCAGAAAAGCUGCACACCCAAGUCAUUGAUUUUCAGUUGGAGAUUUAGUCACAGGAACCUGAAAACAAAUUGUCAAAGUUUUGAAAGUUGCAAGUGUUGCUUAAAUGGAAUGUAUUUGUAAGCUUUGAUUGGUUUAUAAUUGUCAGAAAAAACAAGUGGUUUCUUCUGCCAAAGGUUGUCAUCCAUCAUUUAAAUGGCCAAGGAUUCAAAUUUUUCUUCUUUGUUUCACUGAAACAUGAUUUUGGCAAACUGUGCUCCUUUUAGUUAAGAGGUUUUACAAUGAGAGAUUGUUGAUAAGAUCAACAAAAUAUCAACAAAGACAUUUUGUUAAAAAAAAAAAAAAAAAAAAAAAAAAAAAUCUAAAAAAAUUUCUGUAGUUUGAAAUCAAGACUUUCAUUUGGCAUGAAAUGACAUGAAAGUUCUGUUGGGUAUAAAUAAGGCGCAGAUGCUAAUUUGUGGUUGUGGAAACAGUAUUUAGUGGUGAUAGACAGGAGCGUUAUUGUCCCUGCCUACAGCCUGUGUGGGUCUAUCACCAUUCCUCUGCUGCAGUCAGGGUUUCAGUCCUGCUUGCUUGGGGCUUCUCUGACCAUAGUCAUGCGCAACAAAAGGACACAGAGCCAUUCUGUCUGUUGCUCAGUGAACACAUCUAAUUUCUCCCCAGAUGAGGUUAAAUGUCAAGAAUGAGCUCUCAACAUGCAACACUAGGCUUCCAUGUGUUUUACUGCAUUCAUUAAUUUGAGAUUAUCUGUUUUUUCUUUGAUAAGUCCUACAAAAACCUUUGUUGAAAAAAGGAAAGAAUAAAAUUAACAGACACCUCC